GCUCAGGUUGCUCAAUAACCAAACCAAAAUGGAAGUAACGGCAUCAGCACCAACAACACCUUCAGCUAAAGUUUCAGCCAUUUUCAUAUACCCAAUUAAGUCAUGCCGUGGAAUUUCUGUUUCUCAUGCUCCUCUCACUCCAUAUGGAUUUCGAUGGGAUAGACAAUGGAUGUUGGUGAAUUCCUUAGGGAAGGCACUCACACAAAGAGUUGAGCCAAAGCUUGCUUUGGUUGAGGUUGAAUUGCCACCUGAUGCUUUUGUUGAAGAUUGGGAACCUACACAAGAUUCCUGCAUUGUGGUGAAAGCACCUGGGAUGCAAACUCUCAAAAUUUCUUUGAGUAAACAACAAAACGAAGUAGCAGAUGGUGUCUCAGUAUGGGAAUGGACUGGGUCUGCCUGGGAUGAGGGAGCUGAAGCAUCACAGUGGUUCUCGGAUUAUAUAGGAAAACCCUGUCGCCUGGUCCGCUUCAAUACUGCUUCUGAAACUAGACCAGUGGAUCCUGAUUAUGCUAAGGGACAACAGCAGACCUUAUUCACUGAUGGUUAUCAAUUCCUACUUGCUUCUCAGGAAUCAUUGGAUGAACUAAACAAUCAGCUGAAGGAGCCUGUACCUAUUGAUCGCUUUAGACCCAAUAUUCUUGUUGAAGGUUGUGAACCAUUUUCUGAGGACAUAUGGACUGACAUUAAGAUAAACAGGUUUUCAUUUUUCGGUGUCAAACUGUGCUACCGUUGUAAGAUACCUACAAUCAAUCAAGAGACUGCAAAAGCUGGACCUGAACCAAAUAUAACUCUAUCGAAGUUUAGGUCAGGAAAAAUCAUAAGGCCAAAUCACAAUAAUAAAGGCCGGAUCUACUUUGGCCAGAAUUUGGUAUGGAAUUCGAAGGAUUUGUCAGCUGAAGGGAAUGGUAAUAUCAUUGAGGUUGGAGAUCCUGUGUAUGUUCUCCGAAAGGUCUCUUCUGUUGUUGAAGCUGCUGCUUAAACAGAAACAGUGUGUAAAAACUAUGUAGGGAAUUGCUAUUUGCAUCACUUUUUUAUUGUGAUUUCAGGAAUUUUAUUUUUGGAAAUAAAUAUGUUUAGAAUUAAUUUAACAUUAAAUUUCAGAAGUAAUUUUUAAAUGAUUUUCGAAAGAUAUUAAACACAUUAGUUUC